AUGUCAACUCAAGAUUUGUAAUUGUUAGAAAAUUAACUCUUAUUGUCUAAAGAUGAAGCUAUUGGUAAACUUAUUAAGGGCACUGACCAAUAUUAUUAUUAUUAUUUUUUAAAGAUUUUCAAUCAACAUGGAUAUCAAUUAACUACAGAAUAAAAACAUUAGUUAGAAGCAUUUAAAGACAUGUAAACAUAACUAGCACAAAAAACUAAUAUGAGAGCAUUAUUUUUAGAAUAUGAUAGAUUAAACAAUGAGACUCCAUCAGAAGAAAUUGAGAAAUAAUAAAGAGCUAUUGUUGAUAAAAUCAAUAGAUAAUAUUUUAAAUUUUCAUUUAAUUAAGAGGCCCCUUCAAUUGCAAGAGUAUGAAUUUUUUUUUUAUUGUAGGGAUAAUCUUAAUCUGGAGGACUUAUUGAGUAAAUGACUUACAAAUCAAAAUUCAAUGAAAGUAUUUUUGAUGUCAACAAAUACUUAGAGAAUGCAUAUACAGAUGUUGGAUUUACAAAAAUUAAACAAUAACUUUAUGGAUCAUUAGAUGUAAAUAAAAUAGCAACUAGUUCAAUAAAAGUAAUAAAGACUUAUUUGAACAAUGUUGGCAAUGAAAUUGUAGAGUAUUGAAUAUUUUAUUAUAUAUAUAGUUUUCCAGGUAUACCUGAAUUUUAUGAUAAGUUAUCUAAUUUGAAAGACUUUAAGAAUGAUUUUUAAUAAUCUCAUUUUAGAAAAUUGAGUUUGUCUUAAUUAGAAGGAUUACUUCAAUUGAAUAAGAAGUUUUUAGAGAAUCAAUAGUUUGUUGGAGAAUACUAUUUGAAAAAAUUCUAAUAUAAUUUAAAAGACAUUCAAUAUUCUAAAUUAACAGAAGCUGAAAAGAAAUAAAUCUUAUAGAAUAUAAAAGAUGUUUAUAAUUGGACAAGUACUUUACCACCAAAGUUUAAAUCAUUCAAUGAUUAAAUACUAUAUGAAUUAUUAUAAAUAGGUAAAAUAAUUAUUAAUAUAUUUUAGGUAUUGAAGUAAAUGAAUAUGAUUUUGAUUUAUUUUUGGUUUUCUUAAAAGAUCCAAAAGAUGAUUAUGAUGCUGCUAAUGAAAAAUAAAAAAUAUUCAUAAAAAAUAAUAAAAGAAAUUAUUAAUAAUAAUGGCAUGAAUAUCAUUAAUUGAAUACAAAUAGAUGGAUUGCUACAGAUUAGAUUAUAGAGAAAUAUUUAUAAAAAUAUUUUGAAAAGAAUGAUGAUUUAGGGAUAUUAGAAUAAUAUCUAGAUACAAAAUAUUUAAAAAGAGUUCAAGCUACAGUUAAAUUACAUUAAGGUUUAGAAUUAUAAAAUAUUUAUGAUUAUCUUACAAGUGCUUAAAUAGAAUAGAUGAAUUCAGGUAAAUUGUUAACUAUUUGUUCAUUUAAUAAAAUGUAUUUUAAACAUGGAGAUUCAGUUAAAUUAUAUGUAGAAUUAAAGAAUAUUCCAAAAUUAAAUAUUAAAAUAUUUGAAUUCAAUUCUGAAAAUUAUUAUUUAUAGAAAUAAUAAUAAUUAGAUUCAUCAAUUAAUUUAGAUGGUUUAAUAGCAUUUGAAGAAACUGAUUUCACUUAUACUUAUCCUCCAAUAUAAAAAGUAAUUAAAGAAUUUGAAUUUUAAACUAUUACUAAUAUCUAAAGAGGUAUAUUUAUAGUAGAGUUUAUUGGUAAUGGUAUAUCUUCAAGAGCUCUAAUAAAGAAAGGUAGACUUUAAUUAAGAGAAACAAUAACAGCAGCAGGUCAUAGAUUUUAAAUUUUUGAUGAAAACUUUGAAUUAUGUGUAGGUGAGAAAACAGGAGUUUGGAUAGAUAAGAAAUUUUAUAAAGUUGAUUAAUAAAGAAAAGAAAUAUUGAUACCUUUUGGAUAAAGAGAUUAAUAAUUUAAUGCAGUUAUUGUUCAUGAUAAUUUUGCUGAAUUUACAACUGUUUUUAUAUAAUAAGAGAAGUAUCAAUUAAAAUGUGCAUUUUUGGUUGCUGAUGAAUCAUUGUUAAUGGGAUGUUAAGCUAAGGCUGUUAUAAUUCCAAAAUUAUUUGUUAAUGGAACAGAAGUUGGAUUAGAUUUACUUUAAGAAUAAAAGAUUUAAGUAACAAGUACUAAUGAUGCCGGUGUUCCAGCAACAUUACCAUUUGAUAAUAUUAAAUUAGAAAAUGAUAAACCAUUUGAAGUUUAAUUCCCAAUCACUUCUAAAUUAAAAGCUAUAGAAAUAAAGAUUACUGGAAAAAUAACAAGAAUGCAUAAAGAUGAAAAUAAGAAAGAAGAUUAACUUGAAUAAUCACAUUUUAUUUAUUUUGACAAUCUUGAAGGAUAAUAAGUAUUUUGUAAUUAGUUAUUGAAAUAUGAUAAAAUAAAUGGAUAUUAAAUUCUUAUUGUAGGAAAGAAUGGAGAGCCAAAAAGAGGAUUAUAAGUAACUAUUACAUUCACUUUGAGUUCCUUAAAUCAUACUUAUAAUGAAUAAUUCACAACAGAUGAAAAAGGUAGAAUAUAUUUAGGAAAUUUGAAGAAUGUAAGUUCUAUAGCUUCAAAUGUAAAAAGUGUAGGAGAUAUUAAUGUAUCAUAGAAAUCAUGGUCUAUUAAUUAAAAAAGCUAAGUUGCUUAUCCAACAAAAAUUACAAUAUUACCAGGAUAAAAAGUAAGUUUACCAUUUUUUGAUAAUGAAGAUAUUAAUAAUCCAUAUGUAUUAUAUUAAGUAUUUGGAUCAACAGAAAGAGCAGUUAUUAAAAGUUUGACUAAUUAGAUAUAGAAAUAAGAAUAAUUCAUUUCAUUUACAUUAGAAGAUAAAGGAAUUUAUGAAUUAUAAUUUGUAAAAGAUAGAUUUACAAUUUAUAUUAAUGUUAUAGAUGGAGAAUUAUGGAAGGGCACUAAUAUUAUAAAAUCUUAGAAUUAAUUAAUAAUAGAUAAAGGUUUAGAUUAAUUAAUAGCAAUAUCAAAAGUUGAUUAAUAAAAAGAAGAGAAUGGAACAAAAAUAACUGGUAAUAUUGUUUCAAAAUAAAAAGUUUAAGUUUAUGCUUAUGCAACAUCAUUUUUAAAUGAAUAAUUUGAAUAAUAAGUAAAUUAAAUAUAAUAAUUAAUUAAUAAAGAUAGAUCUGAAUAAUUAUCAAUUGAUUUAUAUAGUAGUGUAUUUUAAUCAAAUAAAGAAUUAUCAGAUGAAUAAAAAUAUGUUUUAAAUAGAAAAACAUAAGAAAGAUAUAUUGGUAAUACACUUGAAAAACCAUAAUUCUUAUUAAAAAGAUAAUAAAUUAGAGAAACUACAACUCAAGGGGAAUCAUUAAAUUAAGAGGGAUCAUAUAAGGAUAAAAUUGAAUAAUAAAAUUAAUAACCACGAUCUUACAGUAAAUAAGCAGGUUAUGGAUCAGCAGGUUAAAGACAUUAAUAAGUAACAACUUUCCAUGAUUUCUUGAAAUAUCCAGCUAUCUUGUAUUCUAAUAUUGUUCUAGAUGAAAAUAAUAAUUUCUAAUUUGAUGUACCAGCACAUUAUUCAACAGUGACAUUACUUGUAUUUAAUGAAUCAUCUUAUUAAUUUUAAUUAUUACCAUUAGAAAAUGAAUAAGUAGAAACUAGAAAUCUAGCUCAUUAAUCUACAUUGUAGAAAGAUAAAUUUUAUUCAAUUUAUAGAAAUUCAUCUAAUGUUUAAAAGAAUGUUCCUAUUUAAGUCUAAGAUUUAACAUCUACAGAAAUCAAGUUAGUUGAUUCAUUAGAUAAAAUGUUUAUUGUCUUAAAAGAAUUGAAAAAAGCUAAUGGAGAUGAUAGUGGAUCUAGAGACUUUUAAAAAUGGGAAUUCUUGAUAAAAUGGUAUUAACACACUACUGAACAAAAACAUAAACUUUAUGAUGAAAAUUAAUGUGAUGAAUUGAAUCUCUUUAUUUAUUUUAAAGAUUCAGCAUUCUUUGAAACAUAUACUGAAAAUUAUAUUAGAAAUAAAAUAGAAAAAAGUUUUAUUGAUUAUUUCUUAUUAAAAGAUGAUGAAGUAUUAAAAUAAUAUGGAUCUAUGUAAAAGAUUGUAGAGUUGAAUGCAUUAGAAUAAGCAUUAUUGGUUAUUUAUUUUGCAGAAAUAUCAAAUCAAUUAGAAGAUGCUAAAUAAAUAGCAUCCUAUUUAGAAAAUCUAAAUAAAUAGAAUGUAAUUGAUUAAAGAAUCUUUAAGAAAUACUUUGAUACUGUUUUAGGUGCUAAAAUUGAAGCUGAAGAUGAAAACUUUGAAGUUGGUUAACCUGAGAUGAUGUGUAUUUAACAACCAGUUUUCGUAUAAGCAUAAUAAUAACCAUUUCAUUAGAAUUUAAUGUGCAUGAAUUAAAUGCCUGCACCAAGAAUGAUGAUGCAAUAGGCAAUGCCAAUUUAAUAAGAAAGAAUGAGAAUGCCAAUUGUUUAAUAAAGUUGUGCUAUGAAUUUAGUCAGAAAUAGCAAUCAUUCAUAAAAUGAGGAAGUUGAAUUAUGUUGUGAUAUGAUGGAUUAUUCUUACCAACGUAAUACUGCUUAAAAUAAAAAUGAUAGUUAUUAUAGAGAAAAACGUUCUUAAUUCAUUGAAAACUUCAAAAAUAUUGAAAAAACUAAAGAAUAUUGUGAAAAACAUUAUAGUACUGGAUGUUAGAAGGACAAUUUUAAGAAUUUAGUUAGUUUAAAUGGAUUUUUUGUUGACUUAGUAAAUCAUUCAAUUACUAAAGGAAUUUUAAAAGAAGAUUUCCUUUCAUCAAAAUUCAUAUAUUGUAUCAACAACUAAACUGAAAUGAUUGCUGUUUUAGCACUUAUUGGUUUACCUAAUGAAGCCCCAAUUUAAGAGUAUAAAUAAUUUGGAGGAAAGGGAGUUGAGAUUACAACAAAAUCUUCAGCAUUAUUCUUUAUGAAAGAAAUAAAAGAAGGAAAAGCAUAAUUAAGAUAAGAUAUUUUAAUUGCUUAAAGAUUCUUUGAUCCAAAUGAUAGAUUUAUAAUAUCUGAAGAUGAUCCAGAAUUAUAAUUAGAGAAAGAUGUAUCUGAAUGUUUAAUAGAUAAAAUUUAUGGUUGCUAAGUAAUCAUUACAAAUUGUUCUUCAACAAGAGCUGAUUAUUAAGUUUUAGCGGAACUACCUAAUGGUGCUAUUCCUGUUAAUACAGUAUUUUAUACAAAAUCAUAUACAAUAAAUUGUUAACCUUAUACAACCUAAAGAAUUGAAUAUUUCUUUUAUUUCCCUAAGAUUGGUACAUUCUCUGUCUAUCCAGCUAAUGUAUCUAGAUUUGGUUAAGUUGUUUGUGUUGCUUAAGAAGGUUAAUUGAAAGUAGUUGAAUCAAAAUCUAUUUAAAAUUUAGAGGCUAUUGAUGAUAUAUUAGCUAAAGGUAGCAAAGAUGAUAUUUUAAAUUUCUUAUAAACUAAAAAUAUAUUUAAUAGAAAUAUAUUCAGGGCAGAAGAGAUUAGAUAUUUAUUAAAAGAUAAAGAUUUUUAUUUGAAAGUUAUUGCUAUUUAUCGUAAGAGAAGAUUUAAUGAUUUUGAAAGUUUGAAAUAUUCAAUUUAUCAUGCUGAUAAAGAAAGUAUGAAAGAAUUAUUCCUUCAUAACAAUUGUUAAGAAUUAUUUAAGAGAACCUUUAAAUAUUUCAAAUGUUCUCUUUUUGAAGUUAGUAAUAUUAGAAUGCUAGAAUAUUAUCCACUUAUUACUAAGAGAGUUCAUAAACUUACAUCUGAAGCUAAAGGAAUUCUAAAUGUUGAAUUUAGAACUUAAUAUAUUGAUUUCUUGACUUACUUGGUUGAAAAACCUAAACAUACUUUAAGUGAUAAAUUAGGAUUUAUUUAUUAUCUAUUAUUACAAGAAAGAAUUAAUGAAGCUAUUUAAAUUUACAAAACAAUAGCUGAUGUUGAUGCUUAAGGUGAAGCUGUAUUGUAAUAUGAUUAUUUUUCAGCUUAUCUUGAUUUCUAUAUUGGAUAUCCUAAUUUUGCUAGAGCUAGAGAAAUAUGUGAGAAAUAUCUCAAUUAUCCAGUUAUUCAUUGGAGAAAUAUAUUCUAUGAAGUAGUUAAUUUAUUAGCAGAAUAUGAUGGUGAUGAUGAUGAGAAUCAAAAAUUAAAAACAGAAUCUACAGUUAAAUAGAAAUAAAUAGAAUAAGCUAAAAAAGAAGAAACUUUAUAAUCUACUAUUGAAGGUAAUGAAAUUUAAAUAACAUAUUCCAAUUUAAAUAAAGUUGUCAUAUAAUUCUACAAAAUAGAUUUGGAAAUUUUAUUCUCUAGAAAUCCAUUCUUAAAUUAAAAUGAAGAAGAUUUUGCAUUUGUCUUACCUAAUUCUAUUGUAGAAACAACAUUAGAAGUAUAAUAAUAACCUGGAUUGUAAUAUAAUUAUUUUUAUUUUAUAGAACAUACAAAAAGUCAGUUGCUAUUCCUGAAGAAUUAAGAAAAUACAAUCUUUUUAUUUAAAUUAAAGGUAUUAGUAAGAGAACAUCAAAUCGUUAUUAUUCAACUUCUUUGGGUGUUUAAAUAAUGGAAAAUUAUGGUUAAAUAAGGGUUUCUGAUUCUGAAGGAAAAUAUUUAUCAAAAGUUUAUGUGAAAGCUUAUAUUAAAGAGAAAAAUGGAAAGGAAUCAUUUUAUAAAGAUGGUUAUACUGAUUUAAGAGGAAGAUUUGAUUAUGCUUCAUUAAGUUCAGCUAAUUUAGAUGAUGCUUCUAAAUUCUCAUUAUUAAUUACUAGUGAUGAAUAUGGUACUUUAAUAUAAUUAUAAAUUAAGGUUCUAUAAUAAAGGAAAUUAAUGCUCCAUCUUAAGUUGGUAAAUUUGAAACUGAAGUUAAAUUGGUAUCUAAUAAAUGGAAUGAAAGAGCAGUUUGUGAAUAGGUCAAAUAAUCUAAUUUAUACGAAUGCAAGAAAUUAAGCAAAUGUAAAUGAU